AUGGAAGGGAAAUUGGCGUUUAAUGUGAAGGAUACGAGAGCCGAUUACUUCAAUGGGGUGAUGAGGAUUUUUGCUAUAGUUGAGUUGCAUGAAAAAGGGAUGACGAGUGUGAAUCAGGUAUGGCAGGUAGGGUCGUCGGUCUCGGUUGAUGGGUUUCUGGUGAAACAUGCUUUUCAGCCGGCGAAUUUGGGCGCGAAAGGGCAGUUAGAUUUGUUAAGUGGACAAAGUAUCAGCGGACCUAGCGGUGGAAUCGGAGGUGGUGAUUCCAGAACGAAAAAGAGAAAUAUUCAUGGGAUACUAAAUGCAGUGAGCUGGGGAAUCUUGUUUCCUGUAGGGGUAAUCAUCGUUAGAUACCUUCGAACUUUCCCCUCUGCAGAUGUGACAUGGUUUUACCUUCAUGCAUUCUGCAAGUUUCUUCUUAUGCAAUCGACGUCGCCGGUUGGGCCAUGGGACUUAAACUUGGAUCCGAGUCAAAGGGUGUCACCUACAACACUCACCGCAAUAUCGGGAUUGCUUUAUUUUCUCUUGCAACAGUCCAGCUUUGCAUUUGACGCCAUGUUUGCUAAUAUAAAGCUUAGAUCGGAUGGAAGAAGUGGAAAAGCAUCGCCAUUACCUAUUGGUGAUUUCAAAGUGAAUGCUUUUUAUGUGUAUGACAUGAAGAAAUAUUGUCGAUGA